CUUUCUCUCUUUUGCACUAUAGAGUCACCUUAUUUUAGAAAGGAGUUUCAAUCCAUGGAAGUCUUGAAGGAUUCUGAUGUGGUUUUGGAGUGUGAGGUGCUUGGUACACCUCCCUUUGAAGUGUUUUGGGUGAAGGAUGAUAAGCCUGUGCGGAGCAGUAAGAAGCAUAGAAUAAGCACUGAGAAAUCUUUGAUUAGCCUCCAUGUCUUCAGGUUUGAUGCGUCUGAUGUUGGUGAAUAUCAGUGUAGAGUAACAAAUGAUGUGGGAAGCUGUUUCUGCAGUUCAGAGGUCACACUGAAAGGUUAGUGCAAGGUGGAAAACUCCACUAAGCGUGAUUUUGUGCCAGUGUGGUUUCCAUGCCACACAAGCAUGAACCAGGCCUGUACUUACUUAGUCACUUUCUUCCUGCUAGAGCCUCCCCAGUUUUUGAAGAGGAUAGAAAACAUUAGUUCCCUUCGAGGGGGCACAGUCGUGUUUCAGGCUGCUGUUAAAGGCUCCUUGCCCAUCACUGUGUCCUGGCUGAAAGACAGUGAUGAAGUUAUUGAAGACAGUAAUAUCAAAAUGACCUUUGUGAACAAUAUUGCCACUCUUCUGGUGAAGUCUAUUGAACUGAAACAUGAUGGAAAAUAUUUCUGCCAGGCUAAAAAUGAGGCAGGAAUUCAGAGGUGCUCUGCUCUGCUGACUGUCAAAGAGCCUGCUACAAUCGUGGAUAAGGCUGUGUCAAUAGAUGUGACUGAGGGAGACCCAGCAACCUUGCAAUGUAAAUUUUCCGGAACAAAAGAUAUUACAGCCAAAUGGUUCAAAGAUGGCAAGGAAUUGACUUUAGGCCCAAAAUAUAAGAUCAGUGUUACAGAUACUGUCUCAGUCUUAAAGGUACUUCAUGCGGAAAAGAAAGAUAGUGGGGAAUAUGUAUUUGAGGUUCACAACGAUGUUGGAAGAAGUAGCUGUUCUGCCAGCAUCAAUGUCCUAGAUCUCAUUAUACCACCUAAAUUCACCAAAAAGCUCAAGAAAAUGGACAGCAUUAAGGGAUCUUUUGUCCACUUGGAAUGUAUAGUGUCUGGUUCACAUCCUAUAAGUAUCCAGUGGUACAAGGAUGGUCAAGAAAUAACAACAAGUGAAAAGCACAAAUACUCUUUCCAUGAUAAUACUGCCUUUCUGGAAAUCAAUAAACUCGAAGGCACAGACAGUGGCUCUUACACUUGUGAAGCAACAAAUAAGGCAGGAAGCAACCAAUGCAGUGGGUUCUUAACCGUCAAAGAGCCACCAUAUUUUGUGGAAAAGCCUCAGUCCCAAGAAGUUGUGCCCCAUGCUAGGGUUCAGUUCAAAGCAUUGGUGAAAGGUUCUACUCCUCUGCAGAUAAAGUGGUUUAAAGACAGCCAGGAGCUCCUUUCUGGAGCCAAUCGUUCUGUCUGGAUGGAUGACACAUCUAGUGUGCUGGAGCUCUUCUCAGCUAGGAUGUCUGACUCUGGGAACUACACUUGUCAGAUAAGCAAUGAUGUGGGGACUGCAACAUGUAAAGCAACUUUGUUUGUAAAAGAGCCCCCCAGGUUUAUUCAGAUGCCAACUCCUGUAGUAGCUUUGCGUGAAGGACAGUCCACUACUUUUGAGUGCCAUGUAGUAGGAACACCAGAGAUACGUGUCACGUGGUACUUGGAUGGGAAUGAAAUGACUGAUGAAGCUAAGUACAGCAUCUCUUUCAUUGAUGGUCUAGCCACUUUGAAAGUCACUCAAGCCAGAGUGUCGGAUAGUGGGAUUUAUGUUUGUGAAGCCCACAAUGAUGCAGGUAGUGAGAGCUGCAGCAUCGAGUUGAAAGUAAAAGAGCCUCCAACAUUUGUUCGAGAAUUGAGACCUACUGAGGUAGUAAAGGGUUUGGAUGCCAUGCUUGAGUGUGAGGUGACUGGUACUCCUCCAUUUGAGGUGAAGUGGCUGAAGAAUAAUAAGGAGAUGUUCAGCAGCAAGAAAUAUGCUAUCUCCACCAAAGAAUCAAUAUUUACUCUUAAUGUGACCAACUGUGACACCUCAGAUGUAGGUGAAUAUCAGUGCAUUAUAUCAAACGAAGUUGGAAGCUGUUCUUGUAGCACAAGGCUCAGCUUGAAAGGUCAGUUUCUUGAAAAGUACCCCAAAGAUUACUGCCACUAGCUGAAGUACAGUGACUAAGAUGACCUUAUGUGAUCUCUCCUUUAUUCCCUUUCCAUGACUUACCCUUCUACACAAUAAAACCUCACACCAUAGAACCAGCAUCCUUUGUCAAGAAACUGGAGAAUGUCACUACUGUUU